AUGACCACUCGUUUGGAUAAUACGAUGAACGACGCAAUGAAGCAUUUCAACCUCCCCGUGUCAUCGAUGAACUUGAAUACGCAAGCAAUUCGGUCUCGCAGCGCAAAUGACGACUACCGUAACGACGAGUUCGUUUCGGACUUUGACACGGAUGAUUCUAAACGAAGGGAUAAGCAAGCGCUGGCUAAACAUCGGCGAAAAUAUUUGAAUGCUCCGCGAUCAAGCAGUGAGGUGAUCUACAAUCGUAGGGAUCAAACACAUCCUGACGCCUACAUUAUAUAUGUGUUCUUGAAUGGUCACGGCAUGGAAUGUCAGCACAUACACUUCCAAAAGAAGCAGUUAGCGAAAGGCAUGAACUACGUGCUCGAACUGGUCGCACGCCGAUUCAAUGUGAACCCGAUGAAAUUAUGUGAUAUGGAUGGACGUAAAAUAACGGAACCCUCACAAUUGAUGUCCAGAGGUGCCUAUGUGCUCGUGGCUGCUGGACAGUCAUUUCGUGACACCUGGUAUUUCCUUCCUGACAAUGCUAUUGAUACCAGGCAGUACUUGCGAUUUCUAUGA